AUGGGGAAGUUUGGAGUGUUGUUUUUGUGUUUGAUUUUACAGAUUGGAACAGGGUUUGCUUCAGGUGUCCCUGUGACCAGCUGUGAGGCGUGUCACCCUGAAGCCACCUGCCUGAGGCGUGAGGAGAGAAGAGAAACGUUACCCACCACCACCGUCUCCUGCCAGUGCAAAGAUGGAUUUGUUGGCGACGGCGUCAACUGUUACGAAGUGAAAGAAUGUGGGGGUGACUCCUCUUGCUGUAGCGCAGGUUACAAAUGGUCCCCUAAAGAGGGCUGUGUGGAUGUAGACGAGUGCUCUCUCAAGCCGUCCCCCUGUGCUGCAUCUCAGAUCUGCAGAAACACACAGGGCUCCUUUGAAUCUAUGUACAUCACAGAACCCAAUCCCACACAGUCCAGGUACAUCGAGAGUCGAGAUGUUUGUGGUUCAUGGUUCUCAUGCUGCUCCUUUAUAAGUUCCAACAUUCAUGUCAAGCGUUGCUAUGGAGAUUACUAUGUCUACAAACUUGUGAGACCAAUCUCGUGUCACUUGGCUUACUGUGCAGAAGUUACAAAUAGUUCCAGCACAACUGCACCAGAAACUACUGCAGAAAGAACCACCUUCGACCCGGUUACUACUACUGCAUAUCCAACUUCUACUGAUGCUUACCCAACUACUACUGAUACUUUUCCAACAACCACUGAUGGUAGCAGUACUGGGGGAGAGGGGCAGGUGCGUUUGGCCAAUGGGGGAAACAGCUCUUGCUCUGGACGGGUGGAGAUAUUCCAGCGGGGGCAGUGGGGCACAGUGUGUGACGAUUACUGGGACCUGAAUGAUGCCAAUGUAGUGUGCAGGCAGCUGGGCUGUGGCAGGGCACGAUCUGCACCUCAAAAUGCAGCAUUUGGUCAGGGCAGUGGACCCAUCUGGAUGGACGAUGUCCAGUGUUUUGGAUCUGAGCCAUCGAUCACACACUGUCGUCACAACGGAUUUGGAAAUCACAACUGUGGGCAUCAUGAAGAUGCUGGUGUUGUCUGUGAAAUCCGUGAACGAGAAAUACAAAUCAACCAGUUUAUCUGUGGACAAGAACAAAUACAAGUCAGUCUGAACAGAGUAACAGUGUCUGUGGCUGGUCUGGACGCCCUCUCUGGUCACCUGGUGGACCGCAACUGUGUCCGUACCAGAGUUCAGAACGACAUAGUGUGGUAUGAGGUCGUGCCACGAGUAGGAGUCUGUGGAAACACCAGGAGGACCAACAGCACACACGUCAUCUACACCAACAGCUUAUUCCUCUAUGCUCACAAUGAUUCCUUCCAUGUCCCCGCAAGUCUCCCAUUCUCCUGUGUGUAUCCUCUGGAGGUAGACACCAGACUCGAUGCUGCUCUCAGUCCUUUACUACCAUCUAGGGGUAUUGUCGGAUCAGGUCGGGCCCCAAGAGCAUACAUGUCUCUUUACCAGGACUCAAAUUUUUCCAACACAUAUCCAUCCGGUAGUGUCAGUCUGCCUGUGGGCCAGCCGCUGUACGUUGGAGCCAUUGUGGAGGAGAACGAUCUCAAUUUUGCGACGGUUCUGGACAACUGCUACGGCACAUUCUCCUCCGACCCAAAUGACCCAACAAGACAUCCUCUCAUCCAAAACAAGUGUUCCUCUAACCCUCAGCAGGUGUUGGUGGUAGAAAGUGGCACUUCUCUUCGUGCUCGCUUCUCUGCCCUGUUCUUUGUACCUGGGGGUCAGUACAGAAGCAUCUACCUCCACUGCCACCUGAAGCUGUGCAGCCCUGGCCCCUGUGUCCCGGUUUGCCCGGGUAGGGCUCGGCGCUCAGUUUCUGAAGGCGUUACCAUCCAGCCCCUCACCAUUGGACCGAUCACAUGGGGAGAUAACUGA